AUUCUCUCUCUCUUUCUAUCUCUCUCAUGUUCUGUAAUCCCUAAAUCCCCAAUUGGGACAAAUUAGUCUCUCUCUCUCUCUCUCCCUCUCCCACACACCCUUUGCUCGUGCUUGGGGAAUGCGUUCUGUGUAGUCAGCUGCUGUAUCGGAAGUUUUUGUGAGCAGUGAGUGACAAAUGAAUAACGGUUCUUGGUUACCUGAAGAGGACUUCAAGGGUCUAGAGGAUAAUUUCUUUGAUAAUUUUGUUGAGCAUAUGGAUGAUAUUCCCCUUGAAGACAUUGAAACCGCUGAUGAUGAUGAGGAAGAUUGGGUUACCGGGUUUAAAAACCUCGGCCCUCCACCAUUGGAUGUGCUAACGAGUUUGUCCUCUGAGUUCAAUUGCAAGGUGCAGCGUGUGCGAGUCCACAAGCCUGCAACCAUUGUGAAGCAGUCGAGUUCUUCGGAUGUCUCUUCUACUGUUGAUAACUUCCCUCCUGAUGUCAAAGUCUCGAAGUUAUUUCAGUCUACAAGUCCAGUCUCAGUUCUCGAGAACAGCAAUGGUUCCGCCUUGUCCCAAAACCAAAACAGAAUUCAGAGAUUGGCCUUCCUUGUGAAAGGCAUCAGAAGCAAGCGCAAACGCCCCACAACGCUGAGAUUCUUCCAGUCACUUGGAGCAGAGAUGUCUCAGAUGUUUGUUCCGGAGGAAUCAGAAUCUGAGAAUUCUGCCAAGAAGAAACGCAAGAAAUAUAGGAGUCCUCCCCAGUCGGUCUGUCACAGUCCAGAACUAUUUAACCCAGAUGGGACAGUCCGGAAGUGCACUCAUUGCGAGACAACUAGGACCCCGCAGUGGAGGGAAGGACCCUGUGGGCGUAAAACCCUCUGUAAUGCUUGCGGAGUACGGUUCAGAUCAGGCCGUCUUGUUCCAGAAUACCGUCCAGCAUCAAGCCCGACCUUCGUCCCAACCGUGCAUUCAAAUUCGCACAGAAAGAUCAUAGAGAUGAGAAGGAAAGAUGAAGGCCAGCCUGAUACCAGAAAGAUCCGUACCGUGACUUCCUGAGCAUUAAGAGACUAAAACAGGGCUUUGUAACUUCAGCAGACCAAAUGAGUUUGGUCUAUGAUAAAAGGACAAAAUUGUGAGGAUUUGUAGAAUUGGUCAACUCUCUUCUCUUGGAAGACUGAUGUUCUUAAAAACUAGGGUUUAGGGUUUGUCUUUUUUUUUUAAUUUUAUCUGAUGCGGAGAGUUUAGGGUUUUUGUUUAAAUUUAGGGUCUUAGUUGUUGUUUGAUUAUUUGGUUACGUUUGAAAGAAUGUUUGGCUGACAUCUAUUUUUUUAUCUGA